AUGGGGCCCCGGGGCAAGGCCCCGCCCCGGGCGCCGAAGGGGCGUGGCCGCCGCAAGCAGGAGAAGCUGGAGGACAUGAAGAAGGAGAUGGACGUGCUGUACCUCGCCAUCGCCCUCAUUGCCGUCGUCGUGGUCACCGGUUGCUUCGGUUACUACCAGGAGUUCAAGAGCACCAACAUCAUCGCCAGCUUCAAGAACCUCGUCCCUCAGCAAGCCACGGUGAUCCCGGAAGGGGACAAGCUGCAGAUCAACGCCAACGAGCUGGUGGUGGGCGACCUGGUGGAGAUCAAAGGAGGCGACCGCGUCCCCGCCGACAUCCGCAUCAUCUCGGCUCAGGGUUGCAAGGUGGACAACUCGUCGUUGACCGGAGAGUCGGAGCCCCAGACGAGGUCACCUGAGUGCACCCAUGACUCGCCCUUGGAGACCCGCAACAUCGCCUUCUUCUCCACCAUGUGCUUAGAAGGGACGGCCAUGGGCUUGGUCAUCAACACGGGUGACCGGACCAUCAUCGGGCGCAUCGCCAGCUUGGCCUCCGGGGUGGAGAACGAGAAGACGCCCAUCGCCAUCGAGAUCGAGCAUUUUGUUGACAUCAUCGCCGGCCUCGCCAUCUUCUUCGGUGCCACCUUCUUCGUGGUGGCCAUGGUCAUCGGCUACCCCUUCCUCCGCGCCAUGGUCUUCUUCAUGGCCAUCGUUGUGGCCUACGUCCCCGAGGGGUUACUGGCCACGGUCACGGUUUGCCUCUCGCUGACGGCCAAGCGGCUGGCGAGGAAGAACUGCGUGGUGAAGAACCUGGAAGCGGUGGAGACGUUGGGGUCCACCUCGGUCAUCUGCUCCGACAAGACAGGGACCCUCACCCAGAACCGGAUGACGGUGGCGCACCUCUGGUUCGACAACCAGAUCCACACGGCCGACACCACCGAGGACCAAUCGGGUCAGAGCUUCGACCAAUCAUCGGAGACGUGGACCAUGCUGAGCCGCGUCGUCACCCUCUGCAACAGGGCCCAGUUCAAGCCGGGCCAAGACAACGUCCCUGUGGCCAAGCGUGAGGUCAUCGGCGACGCUUCGGAGACGGCGCUGCUGAAGUUCGCGGAGGUGACAGUGGGGUCGGUGGCGGAGGCGCGGGGACGGUUCCCCAAGGUGGCCGAGCUGCCCUUCAACUCCACCAACAAGUUCCAGCUCUCGGUCCACGAGGCGGGAGAACGGCAGCUCCUGGUACUGAAAGGUGCCCCCGAGCGGGUGCUGGAACGGUGCAGCACGGUGCUGCUGAAGGGACAGGAGCUGGCCCUGGACGCCCAAUGGCGGGAGGCCUUCGAGGGGGCCUACGCCGAGCUGGGGGGGCGUGGGGAGAGG